UUGUUCAUUUGUCUACAUCCAUGCAGACAAAUCAACAAUAUACUUUAUCGUGUUAUACGGUGAAACUUUUCACUUUAUAACGUGAUGACUUAUAUUGUUUACAAUACGGCAUGUCAUUUCUGUCUCUACAUGGUCGCACCUUUACAAUCCUCCUCUUUUCUCUGUAUCGCGCACGGCGGAGCGCACACACACACACACACACACACACACACACACACACACACACACACACACACACAGGUGAGCACACAAGAGUGUGGCUUGGGCCGCAUUUUUCUGACCAACAAUUAUAUACGGCACUGUGCACACAGGGUUUUCUUUCGUUUCGUUAGUUUCUUCGUUCAUUUCAACUGCUGCAAGUGUCUGCUUGUGCUUCUGCUGAAGCACUCCCACCCUCCUCCAUCCCUCUAUCCAGUGACUCGCCGGCACCGGCCGCUUGUUCUGGGUCAAUUCCACGCGAGAUUUCUGAGAUUCACCCUUUUGGUUUCCAUUCAUUCCAUUCACAUGUGACCUAGCGUCUCAGAGCUCAUGUGGCCUAAACAACUAUUUAAGUGUUCACACCCACACAGUGUAGAAAGCCUGUGACUCCCCACCAAUCAGUGAGAACGGAAGAAGCCUCUAGGAUGAGAGGUGAAACGUCUUCAAGAAACUCAAGCAAGUCCAGUUGCCUAUGAUAUAGGCCUAGUACUCAGAAGCACUUUUAAUGGACAGAAAUUGAUGGUGCACAAUGGCAUGAUGUGCAUAUAUAAUUAUAACAACAAGCCAAGGAUCACAACUGUGCUCCAGCAGCUCAGUUAACAGAAGAAGGACAAAGCCCUUUUUAACCAGGUACACAACACACCGACAAAGGAGAUCAGAAUAGCAGAGAGAAGCUUCACUGAAAUGUUGAAAAACAGGCUAAAAAUGCUGUGGCAGUGAAGUAGUGCCUUCAGGGCAUCACUUGCUACAGUGGAUCCCUCCCCCCAUACUGUGGUGAAGCAACAACUGGCUUGUCACCUGACUGUAGGUUUAACAAAACUCCACCCUAUACCUGACUCAACACAGACAGAUCAGGAAAGGCUGCCUGUCCUUUCACCUGAGCACACACACUCACACUAACAGACAAAUAACAUAAAAUUCACUGAGACAAAAACAACAACAGGAGAAUUCUGGGAUACUGCAUCCUCAGCCAAUUAGUGACUGCAGACACUGCUUGGAGUUUUACAGAAUAAGAUCUUUAAGUGUCCUGUCAUCCUGUCAUGUGGCCAUAGCUUCUGUAAAGCCUGUCUGCAUUGCUGGUGGAAAGAGAAGAAAACCUGUGGAUGUCCAGUCUGUAAGCAAAGAUCUUCAAACACUGAGCCAACAUGGAAUUUGACAUUGAACAAAUUGUGUGAGGCCUUCUUACUGGCGAGAGAUGUGAGCGCUUCAUCAGGCUUUGAGGCUCUCUGCAGUUUGCACUCGGAGAAACUCAGACUUUUCUGUCUGGACGAUCAGCAGCCCGUGUGUCUCGUUUGCAGGGAUUCAGAAAAACAUGCCAGCCACAAAUUCAGACCUGUUGAUGAAGCUGCACAGGACCUUGGGGAGGAACUCCAGAAAUCCCUGAGGCCAUUCGAAAAGAAGCUGUCUCUUUUUAUUAAAGUCAAACAACACUGGGAUCAAACAGCACAACACAUUAAGGUCCAGACACAAAACACAGAGAGGCAAAUUAGGGAGCAGUUUAAAAGGCUUCACCAGUUCCUAAAAGAGGAAGAGGAGGUCAGGAUAGCUGCUCUGAGGGAGGAAGAGGAGCAGAAGAGCCAGGUGGUGAAGGAGAAGAUGGAUGCUGUGAGCAGAGAGAUAGAAAACCUUUCAGACACAGUCAGAGGUGCAGAGGAGGAGCUGAGAGCUUCAGACAUCUCAUUCCUGCACAACUACAAGGCCGCAGUGGAAAGUGUCCAGCGGCGCCACCUACUGGAUGAUCCACAGCUGCUCUCGGGUGCUCUGAUAGAUGAGGCCAAACACCUGGGCAACCUGACCUUCAACAUCUGGAUGAAGAUGAAGGACAUGGUCUCCUACACUCCUUUUAUUCUGGACCCAAACACCGCUGGUUCAUACCUCGUCCUGUCUGAAGAUCUGACCAGUGUGAGAGUUGGGGAUGGACAGCAGCUUCCUGACAAUCCAGAGAGGAUUAAAGAUUCGUGCUCGGUCCUGAGCUGUGAGGGAUACAACUCAGGAACUCACAUCUGGGACAUAGAGGUCGGGCAGAACACAACCUGGGAAGUGGCUGUGUUUGAAGCAUCUGCCAACAGAAAGGAAAGCAUUAACUCUGGAUUAUGGAGAAUAGAGCUUUUUAAUGAUAAAUACAGUGCAUAUUCCCCAUCAGCUAAAGAUCCUGUUACUGAUAUCCAACUGAGCAAAAAACUUGAACGAAUCAGAGUGCAUCUGGACUGGGACAGAGGAGAGGUGACAUUCACAGAUCCAGUCACUGACACACACAUGCACACGUUUACACACACUUUCACUGACAAGCUGUUUUUAUACAUCUGGACUGACGAUACACUCCCUCUGAAGGUUUUACCAGUGAAGGUUUCUGUGACAGUGGAACAGUAAAGGUAGAGAUGAUGAUGAUGCUGAUGAUGAUGAAGUUGAUUAUGUGCUUCUUAAAGAGAACCUAUUGUGCUAAUUUUCAGGUUUACAUUUUAAUUUUGGUUUUCUACUAGAAUAUGUUUACAUGCUUUAACAGUAAAAAAAACAAACACAUGUUUUCCCUCAUACUGUGUGUGCUGGAUAGACAUGGUCCAGCAGGAAUAUGAUCCAAAAUCAGGAGGAAAUUUACAACACUGGCAAUAACGUUUACAUGUUUCCCUGAUGCUAGCAUGUAGCUACAUAGAAUGCCGAAGUCAUGCCCCUUCCGGUAGAACUCAUGGGACCUUGG